CAGUGUUUGUCAUAUCUAGUGAAUUUUAUCCAAAUGUAAGUGAUAUGUUUCUUUUGAUACUUAAAUAUAAGUGAUCAGUUUCUUUUGAUGCUCAGUAUACUUGCAACAAGAGGGCAUACACCCAUCUGCUGAAAUCUAAUACUUCUGUCAGAUAAGCCCGAUAGCUGCUUAUUUAUAUGUCUCAAAUGUGACAUACCAAGAGUGACGGUGGUGAGUCAGAACAUUUCUUUGGGCGCAUAAUGUGUUUCUGGACCUGUAUCUGAUUUUGCAUUAAUUGGCGUGUCUUGUUUGAGCGUUGUAGCACUGUUCAGUGAAGAUGAUGUAGUGUGCAAGGUGGACUAAUAACAAACCAGAUAGCUGCCUCAUUUAUUUCCCUUAUAAAGGUCACAAUCAGGAAUGGAACCAUGUGAAUAAGGAUGAAUUCAAAACCGUGACUGUUGUGAAUUACGAGAAGAGCAGUCGCUUUCUAGCAAAAAGUUGUUCCUAUCCUUAAAAACGUAAUUGGGAAAGUAAUUGUUUAGAAUAAUUAGAUUGAGAUAUAUGGGUCCAUUGUCUUUUUUGUGCCGUGUUUUUACACUUGGAUGACAAAUUACGCUGUCGUGGAUCCUCUACCCCCUGUGUUUUUUCAAUAACAGUUUCUUCAAGGCUUUAUAGAUUGCAAAGAGACCGUUGAAGGGCAUCCACUAACUAAUGUCUCUCACUAACUAACUAAUGGGGCUUGUGUUUUGUUGAUCAAGAAUGAGUUAUUGUUUACAAUGUUGUAAACCAUUGCAGUUCUCGGUUUUCACCCAGUGCAGUGCCAUGAUAAGGAAAGGCUUGAGUUUUACCAAACACACUGAUGUCAUUACUUACAAGAAUAUUGACUACAGAGUCCUCGGCCAAAGGGGGACCUCUUGUAGAGUAUAUUAUUGCUAUUAAGGUCUAUUACUUCACCCUGAACCCACACAAGCUCUUCAUCACUAGUGUCUAACAUUAAAAUUUGGAUGUGGAUCUUUCUCGCCUUCUGUAUUAAUAUGUCAUUGAACUGCUGUCAAUGUAAGUUAUGGCCUCAUUUAACCUGAUAUUUUUUAUAUUAAGUGUAGUACUCUAUUUACUUAAUCUAAAUAAUUAUUUCCACACAGAGACACACUACAGUAUGAUAUUUACUUGUCUUCUAUUCAAAAAAUAUGAAUGUGUUUUUUUGUUUUUUUUAUCUCUCAUUAAAAUGCUUGCCGAGUUACUGUAUUCUUUGUGAGUUGACCAAAGCAUGUUUGAGAACUCCAAUGCUGCCCACACUCCAAAACUUCAGCACGUCUCUGCAUUAAGUAAGCGGAUGGCAGCUACGUCUUCUACAUCAGUCAGUGCUAAUGAAUCCACAGCAAGCGGCCCCAAGUCCACUAGCAAUCAACACUUCAAAAACGCUCUUAACUUGGGGAAAGCCAUGGGAGCAAAGGUCAAUGACCUUCUGAGGAGAAAGGACCAGACCAGCCUGGGAGAUAUCGGAGUCACCGAAGUGAACAAGAACGCGGGAGCCAUGCUGUCCUGCACAGAGAAUACCAGCCAAGGGACCAGUGGCAACAGCCAAAAACUACUUGAGACAUUUCCCAGGCUGGACCCACCACCACCAGGCAAGAAACGCAUGCCCCGUGCAUUGAGGACCACUCAAGACAUGAUGAUCUCCUCUGACCCAGUGGUCAAUACCCCUGAGGUAUCCGACACCUACACUGCAUCCCCUGACAAGACCCCACUAAUUAAGAAUGACAAGCCAAAAGAGGAGGAGGAGGAGGAGGUGGUGGAGGAGACAUCAUUGACAAGCAAACUCAACUUUGAGGAAAAGAAACAGGAAAACUCUAAGGUAUAUAUCUCUGGCGAAGCAGAGGAAAACCUAGAGGACAAGUCCCAGCUUCUCCCCUCAGUUCCUGACCUUAUCCAUAAAGAUACUCUGGACCUCAAGCAGAAGCCUGGAGGCCCUGAGGUAAGGAUGGCCUCCACACCAUGUCGUGGUAAACCAGGUCUACGGUUCAGCAUCAGUGAAGAUGAUCUUCUGAACGGCUCAGAAGACUCUGGUGUGCCCAGGCAAAGGUGCGCCAGUGUUGACAAUGAGGAGCACCAUCCAGACUUGCUGUCAUUUGAGUAAACCACUCACUGGUACAAUAAUCAAUUAUCAAUUGACUUUAAAUGAAUAAUGUGGUGUUUGGAGUAGUUUUGUUCCCGUAAUCUAGCCUUCUCACAAAGUUGUGUCUAAUACUCUAGUAAUGCCAGCUUUUGCAACUAAAUGUCAUUGCUAUUAUCUUUUAUUUUUUACUAAAAUUAUUAAUAAUGUAGUUUGGGCAUAAUUACCAGAGUUUUGGUGAAAUGCACCCUAACAAUUAAUUUUAAAAAAAUGAAUUAGUUAAGAUGAUUUAUGAAUCAGUAUGCUUUUCGAACUGUUUUGAAAACUUAAGUGUGUAUUUGAAAUACUUCCAAUUUUAUGGCAACUUAAAUUGACAGGGCUGCUAGAUGGCUGUUUCCAUUAUUCAUAUGUGAUUAAAAUAUUAAGGUAGUUGAAUUUAGAUAUUACUGAGAAAGUCUAAUACACCAUUUAGAGAAUGCAGUCUGAUGUUCUUUAAUAUCAUUCAAUUGGUAAAUGAUAGAAAAUCGAAGCUGUUGUGUUUAAUUCAUUGAACAUUCACUAUUGAGCUUUGUGGGAAGGCUCGUCAUGAUUCUGGUCUUACAAGUUGGAUCAUUGGAAAUAAUGCCAGUACAACACCAGAAAAGAAACUGAUGGACCAAAUUAUGUUUCCUGUUAACCAAAGUGAGCAAUAUCUAAUUGCUGUCUCAGAGUAAGGUUUUCUGUGUGGUAUAGUUGGGUGCAGACUAGAGUGAGUCCAAUCAAGCGUCAGUGAUGCCAUUUGGUAUGCAGUAUCCUCCCUCAGACUACAUUUCAACAUUAACAACCAGAAAAUCAUCUUCUGCAUGUUUAGUGGCAAUCAGUAAACUGACUGUAGCAAGUCCUGAUGGCUGCUGCUCCUUUCAUUCCAGGAUUCCUCUGGUCUCCACAGAUCAGUCUGCUGCUAUUAGACUUCUCACUACUGUUUUAACCACUGUUUUAUUCUUUAAUAAGGUUCUAAAACUUUUUAAAUUCCACACCCCACUAUCAUUUUGGAUGUGCAAAAUGUACUGUACUCCAUACAGAGCACUAAUUAUUUGUGCACUAUAUUGAUUUUGCAUUAUGUGCAUCAGUAUGUCUAGUUCAAUCGUUUUGUCAAUUACACUGAUCUUGCAGCAGCAAUGUGUGUGUUAACCCCCACAAUGGAUACUGCAUCUUUUAUAGAGAGAGAGAGAGAGAGAGAGAGAGCCUUGAAAAAGUAUUCAGCCCCCAUCCCUUUUUCCACAUUUAAGAGU